UGAGAAACCUUCACCCAUUCCGGGAACUGGCGUUGCCUGACCCAAGAAGCCUGGAAAUGACACAGGUACCAAGCGUCAAUUUACCCCCUUGAGACAGUUACACUGAGGAGAAAUGACGACCAAAUCGGCCCGACUCGCAAUUAAAGACGCGCUGGAGGAUCUCACGGAGAAGAAGUUGAAGAAGUUCCGCGCCGCGCUGCUGGACCGGAGGGGGGAGCCGCGGGUCAAGACCAACGCCGUGGACGGAAAAGACCUGCUAACCAUCACAGACGUCCUGGUGUCCACAUUCACCGCAUCCAGAGCGCUGCAGGUCACCGUGGAGCUGCUCAAGGAGAUCGGCUGCAACGACGAGGCGCAGAGACUCGAAAUGCCACCCAAAACCAUCAAAGCGGCGAUUAAAGACGCGCUGGAGGAUCUUACGGAGAAGAAGCUGAACAAGUUCCGCGCCGCGCUGCUGGACCGGAGGGGGGACAAGCGCGUCAAGACCAAUGCCGUGGAGGGACAAGACUUUCUGGUCAUCGCAGACGCUCUGGUGUCCACAUUCACGGAGUCCGGAGCGCUGCAGGUCACCGUGGAGCUGCUGACGGAGAUCGGCUGCAACGAAGAGGCGAAGAAACUCGGUCAGGAUACAAGAGGGUUAUCCACGGAUUUUGGUGAGUGUGCUACAGCAUCGCCCACGGAGGCAAAGAAACAAAGACAGGAUGAUGAAGAUGUUUACCGCGUGGAUGAGAAGUCCUUCAGGAGUCGGCUGGCUUUGCUCAUCGUCAAUCGGGAUUUUGACGAUCCGGACAUGACGAGAUAUGGAGCCGAGAAAGAUGAGCAGAAUAUGGAGCAUCUUCUCAAGGAACUGGGUUACAAAGUAUUUAAAUACACCAACCUCAGUGGACAGGAAAUUGACAAAGCCGUGAAGGAGUUCUCGCAGCUGCCAGGGCUCUCCCAGACAGACAGCGUCUUUGUGGUCAUCAUGUCUCAUGGGAACUUGGGAGUCAUCCACGGCAUCCACUGGAUGAAGAAUAAUCCAGAUGAGUUCUGCAUCGAGAAUAUCUACAAACACCUGAACUCUGAGAACUGUCCGGCUCUGGUGAACAAACCCAAAGUCGUCAUCAUCCAGGCCUGCAGAGGAAAGAAAGAUGGAUCUGUGUUUAUUAGCGAUGGGGACAGUGCCAUCAUGGCCUCAGAUUGUGAGCCGCAGCCCAGCCAGGCAGACGACAUGGUGGAGGACGGCUUCAGAACACACAAAGAGAAAGACUUCAUCUCCCUGCUGUCCUGCACCCCUGAUACUGUGUCAUACAGACGGCCGCAAUUUGGGUCUCUUCUCAUCGAGUACAUGGCUGACGAAUUCAAGAAAUUUUGCCGCGAGGACCACAUCGAGGAGCUGUUCAGGAAGGUCAUGAAGCGCUUUGAGAAAUUUCCCUGUGUCGACAAAAGGCAGAUGCCAACCAAAGACCGAUGCACUUUAACAAAUCGGUUCUACCUCUUCCCAAGACCUUGAGCCGCCGCGCGCUAUUGACCAAUGCAGAUUUCCUUUCUAUCAUCUGUUUCAAGCUUAAUAUGUUUGAUGGGUUGCUACUGGUGUAACGUAAAAUUUCUUAUUGUUUUUAAUCAUGCAGUUAAGAAAUCUCUGAAUCAGUGGUUAAGAAAUUAAGUUUACGAUCAUUUUCCAGCCAGUAAUUGCAAUUUCCCUUCAACGGCAUGCAUGACCUUUAUGAACUUACUGCAACUGUAUUUCCUCCAUAAUCCAUCACUAAAUUGUGCUGAGAGGGUUUACCACACUGCUUUACAUUUAGUCUUCUUAUAGGGGAACUAUAUUUAAUCAUUGGAGCAAGGGAUUUAAAUCCAUAAAAUGCAUGGAGUGAUACGUAUUUACUUGUGUAGCACAUAAUUUGACUUAAACAAAUUAUGCUGUCAAGAUAACCAUGAAUGAACCAAUGUAAUAAGGAACACCUGGUAAAAUGUGGAAUUUUGCAAUUUUAUUAUUAUUAUUUUUUUAAUUACUUCAGAAUUGCAGUACUCCCAAUUUAUAAUGUGAACAUGGUUUCACUGUUUUUUGCGUUGACACCAGUCGGGGUCCAGUGCACAGAAAGUGUUUAAGCUAGACUUUACAUGUGGUAUACAGCCGGAAGGCGUGUCUCUUGGUUAAACUGUACGACGCCUGCUUGUUAACUUGCUCCUUGAUGAACUUCUACUGCAUUUUGUUUUAUGGAUUUCUUAUAUUUUUUAGACUGCAUGGACUGUAAAAUCUUAUUUUUUUUACAUAUUUUUUUUAAUCACACUUUCAAUGUGACUGUCAUUUUAAUGUGAUUUUUAUUGUUUCUUAAAACUGACAGCUGCAAGGCCAAACACAAUUUUUCAUACACAGACAAUAAAGUAUCUUUCCUAAAAGCUCAUGUAGUGUCUCUUGGAACAUACAAACAUCACCAUGAAGACAUCAGUUUGUGAAAAUGUGCAGGUUGCUUAUGGAGAGCUAUGUGCAUUUAGAUAUCUAAUUGUUGUUUGUUGUUAAAGAGCCAGAACCAGUGUGUUCAUUUCUGCCAAAUAUAGAUUGGUUCCUGAACGGGAGAGGUUGAUGCUCAGCUGGGAACCAGAAAAUAUUGGUUCUCAAGCAGGAACUGAGCGGCAGUGUAUUAUUCUACAAGGAAAGAUGGAGAUGACUACCAAGAAAUCUGCUCAGUAUGAAUCCUCUUGGUCUCAGAUUAUGUCGUUUCAUCAUUCCAACAGGUAUACUAAACUGU